GGAGGAGGAGGAGAAGGAAAGGAGGAGGGAGGGGGCAGACGGGAGAGAGAGUUUCACGGAGUGAGUGGAAAAAGAAAAGUCCGUGGAAAGAGAGGGAGAAAAGUGGAUAUCAUCUUAUUAUCUCUUCACAUGUGUUUUGUUUUUUGGCUUGGCCGUGCGUUUCAACGUCAAGUCUUGAAUAUGCAACUUCGCAGAGUCGUAAGGAGUUUUCGGACACGGCGCUUCUCCAUCGGCACGACGCGAUCCGAUAUCUGACCGUAGCGGGUCUGUCCGGCCACAAGACAACAACGAGCGUCUCCUCCACGUUGGGGAGGAAAAACAAAACGCGAAAAGUCCAAACAAACUGUUGGAGGACGGGUAAAGGGGCUGGAUCUGAGCGGGAGCGGAGGAGGAAAAGUUUACAGAGGAGUUUUGUGUGCGCGAUCCUGAGAUCAUCGAGAGGAAGAGGCUUGUUUCAUCUCUCUCUCUUUCUCACUCGCUCUCUCUUCUUUCUCAGUUAGCACGACUGCUAACGAAGCGGCUACACUCGCAAACAUGAAGACCCCGGGCGAUACGGGGUUUGCCUUCCCAGACUGGGCCUACAAGCCAGAGUCGAGCCCUGGGUCCAGACAGAUCCAGCUGUGGCACUUUAUCCUGGAGCUGCUGCGAAAAGAGGAGUACCACGAUGUCAUCGCCUGGCAGGGAGAUUACGGCGAGUUUGUCAUCAAAGACCCGGACGAGGUGGCGCGGCUGUGGGGUGCCCGCAAGUGCAAGCCACAGAUGAAUUACGACAAGCUCAGCCGAGCGCUCAGAUACUACUACAACAAAAGGAUCUUGCACAAAACCAAAGGAAAAAGAUUCACCUACAAGUUCAACUUCAACAAACUUGUGCUGGUUAACUAUCCGUUCAUUGACAUGGGCUCUGCAGGUUCUGGUGUUCCACAAAGCGCUCCACCUGUUCCCUCUGGCGUCAGCACUCAUUUCCGUUUCCCUCCAUCCACUCCAUCUGAUGUCCUCUCUCCCAGUGAGGAUCUGCGCAGUCCAGGAGUUUUCAGCGCUGUGGCUCGACGUAUGGCUCGCGGCUCUGUUUCCGACUGCAGCGACGGCACCUCCACCAACUCUGAGCUUGAGGAAACUGGCAUAGCUCCCGGAGAUGACCGCCCGACUGAUCGUGCCUUCAGAAACCUCCUCCACCCGCGGCUGUCCCACGAUUCCUUGUUCCGUAUGUACGGUGCCCCGCCCAACACAUCCGGGCUCUCCAGGAGCGGGCCUCACGGGCCCCGAAUGCACCCCGAAUCCAUGUCCCCCUUCCCAGUGUCCCCUCUUCCAGGCCCUGGAGGCUUGCUGGGUCCUGCUCUUUCACCAGCCCUCUCUAUGACCCCCGGCUCUCACAUGGCCUACACACCUUCCCCAUCCCUGUCACCCAUGUUGGGCUCCCACUUUUCCUUCAAUCCAGAGGACAUGAAGCGCUACCUGCAAGCUCACACGCAAAGCGUCUACAACUACCAUCUGAGUCCCCGUGCAUUCUUGCAUUACCCCAACAUCGUCAUCCCACAGCCCCAGCGCCCAGACAAGGGGCUUGGAGGACCAGCAGGUGUUGGCCCACAUCUUUCAAGUCAUCCUCUGCAUCACCAGGCUGAGGAUCCUCAUUUAUCUCCAUUCAAGUUUAAACUACAGCCACCCCCACUGGGACGCAAACAGAGAGAUGGGCCAACUCAUACUGGAGCAGGGCUUUCAAAUCCUGGAGGUGCUUCUGCGUCCUUCUCGUACAGCGGUGAGCCUGGUUCUGCGUCUGGGCAGGGGUCUCUCUUUUCUGCAAUGAUGUCUAAUCACACAAGCCAAGCAGGGCCACCAAAGAUCAAGGUGGAGCCCAUCUCAGACCUGGAGUCCGAGGAAGAGGUCGAAGUCACAGACAUCAGCGAGGAUGAGCAUGAAGAUGACGAUUGUGACGUAUUUUCCCCACCUCACCCCAAUGGCAUUUCCGCCCCUCCACCGAGCCAUGAUCGGAUGACUGACGAUGAUGAUCUCGAAGAAGAUGUCUUCAAGGCCCCCGCUGCCCCCACUUCAGUGGUUGGGCCGACCCUUUUGGCUCUUAAAGCAGAACCCAGGGAGCUAAACCUGUGCCAGGCUGCUCCGAUAAGUCCCGGGGGUACACGCUGUAUCCCGCUAAAGCUGCGUUUUAAACGUCGCUGGAGCGAAGACCAGCGGAUGGAGGCCGGAGCCGAAGAGGCCGAGGACAAGAAGAGCAGGCCUGAGGGGGAGGAACCUACCCAGGUGUCCGAGCCUAUACUGGGGGAGAAAAACGGAGACAGGAGAAGUCCCGAAUGUUUGGCUGCGCCCCUAGGGACAGGUCAGAGAAGGGUGAGCUCUGAGCUACAGCGAGCGACAGCACAGCUAUCUUUAGAAAACAAUGUUUGCUGAAGAGACGCAACAUCGCAGAGUUGCCCUCCAUACAUUUGAAUCACCCAUGGAUCCAUGAACUUGGUAGAUAAUUUCCAAGAAACUGAAAUUGUCAACUUCUGUAACCACAGGUUCACUCACUUCAAAGUGUUGCGACACUAAGAAUCAAUAAUACUGACAUCGUCUCUUAUGAAUUUUAAGUAACCAGGCCCCUCCCCCAAGUUCAGCCAGAGCUCCUCGCUUAAUGAACCUAUUCCUUCCUGUUUACCUAGUAGACUAACAUCUGAACUUCAAUGUGUAAACUUGGAUACAUUUUCCUGUCCUCUUCAGCAGGAUUUUGGGAUCAACCCAAUGCCUUCAAAACACAAUCAAGAGAUUACAGAAGUGCCUAAACUAGACAUUGAUGCACCCCUGUAAAACAUGAGUAGUGAUAUGAGAAGGUGAUAAUGAAUUGUUCCCCUCCAUGUUUUUUCUCCUUGUUAUGGGGUCAGGAGCCAGUGGACCUUCUCUUGUUUAAAAAUACAGGAUGCUACCUUUUCACACUCAUAGUUAUCAAAUUUUGCAGUUACGUACGCUUGUCCCAAGAUGACACGCUUUAUAUCGCCCACCAGGAUUCAUGUCCCUUUCCAGAUUUGAGAAGAACCGACUUGCCUUUUACUCUCAAACCAGGACUGUCAUGUUUCAUCACUGCCAUCAGAGUCAUUAACACCAGCGUACUACCAGCAAAAUGCUGCCUUCACUGCCGAAGUAUCCAAAAAUGGCUCAAGACACUAAAUACUCCAGCAUUUCAGCAAGCUCAGCCUCAGCAGAUGGGACCACUUAACAGCAUUUUACCGUAUCUUACACAUGUAUAUACACGUUGCGGAUUAGUUUUAUAUAUGUAAGUCCAUCUUAUUGACCACCCGCUGAAAUGGAAAUUAUAGGUUGUGUAUGAUUGGUCCUUCACCACCUGUUAUUUAUUUAUUUUUUUAAUAAGCAGUGUAAUCCCUUUAGGGAGGAAUGUUGAGGCAACAUAUAAGUGCGGGUGCUUUGAAAGCUACAGGUGUCUUGCAGUGAAUAUAUGUUUUUGCCAUUGUCCCUAAAACCACAUAGAGAAUCUUCUACGCCCGUUUCGUAAAAUAAAAGGAAAUCUUCAUGGUCUGUCAGGCGUAAAUCUCAGGACCAUACACCGUUUCGCUAUUGAAUAGGUUGUCUUUUGAACAUGAAGACUUUUAGAGAACCAAAAAUGAUGCCUUUAUAUGUACAAACAAAAGACUGACUUGCUCGAUGCUUUUAAAUGGGUUGCAUACAUUUUACUGACACUCACAAACACACAGAAGAGGCCUUAGAAAGAUGUCCUCAAAUAUUAUGCCUUAUUUAGUUUUAUACCUUAAAAGAAAAUAUCCCAAGUAAGAUUACAUUAGAGUCCAUAUAUUCUCUCACUUUAUUGCACGAUAGUCAUAUAUAUUUGAUAAAAGAAUAAACACGAGUUAUAUUUCUGAAUGUAAAUCUAUAUGAAAAUCUAUACAAAUGAGAGUUUAGUUAGGGCCCUAAAGUGCUUUACUGUAAACGAAAAGUGUUGUGUAAGCAAAGAUAGACAUAACUGACCAAUCAUUGAGAGCCUUGAAUACACCGCUGUCGUACGUUUUAAGGUCUAUACAUAAAGUUUAAUGCGCACACCUAAAAUCAUAUCUCUUUCGGUCUCUCUACAGUGUUUUAGUUGUAGGGGGAUUGUGUUUUAUCCAAGACGAUCGACAUUGACACGUUUGCUAUUUUAUCAUUCGGUCAUGACCAUCUCCGUUUGUAGCCAGAUGCAGGGAUGAUGUCAUAACCAUGCCCUCAAAAAGGGCCACCUCACUUUAGUAAACUGACUUUAGCCCUCAUAUGAAGAGGUAAUAUAAGGACCUGGCACACUUUUUUUCGGUUUACUUUCCUGAUUUUUCCUAUUGGAAUUAGUAGUUCUGUUUGGCGGCCUUAAACCGGUUCAGUAUCUGUAUUUCAACUGACAGCUGCCUUAUAUUUGUUAAAUAUUUUAUCCCUCUCUCUUUUAAUAUUAACAGUGCUGUUUUAUUAUAUAUCUAUUUUUUGGUUAUAUUACCAUUUAUCAUUUUUAAUGUUGCUAUUAUUGCUGGUAUUUUUUGUUUGUAUCCUUGCCUGAAUUUUAGCCUCUCGAAAUGAACAUUUUAGCAAAGCGCUCUCCUCUGCCCUCUUUGAUACCAUGAUAUAAAAGUGCUCAUCACAACGCUCUGGCUUUGUAUUAAUGCUGGUUUUUAUUUGCAAUUAAUAAGACCAGGUGAAGGGGAGGGGUGAUAUUAUACUAUCGCAUUAUUUUUAUUUUAAUAUGUUCUUUUUUGUUAAGUGUACAUAUAUAUAUAUUUUACAUUUUGGGGGAUGAUGUAUGAAAAAGACAAUUAUUUCUUUAUUGUGUUCAUGGUCUCUCUCUAUUACGCUUCUUUUCAUCUGUACCUCUCGACGGUUAUGUAAUACUUGUAAAGAGAGACGAAACUUGACAUCACAAGGAACCAUGUAUACUUUAGUUUCUCAUGUGGUUUCUUUUGCUCUUGUAAUUAAAACUGUAAUCAGGGUUCAUUAAAACAGGUUAAAGCGGA